CAGCAGUUUUCUAGGUGCGUCGUGUAGACCUUCGUGCGCCUGAUUUUGCACGCUUUUGGUGUGCUUGGCUCGGGCGCACUUGGCGCAUGCGUGGUUUACGAGCUUACCCAGACCUCCCCCCACCCCCGGUCUAUUCACGCCCCUUUGAAGGAAAGAUGUCCACUUUCAAGCUCGUUCCUGCGGACCCCGUUCCGUCUGACAUCGAGGUUUCUCAAAGCAUCGACCCCGUGAACAUUGCCACCAUUGCUGCCAAUGCCGGCGUCCUUCCGGAAGAACUCGUCCUGUACGGCAACCACAAAGCCAAAAUCUCCCUCGAUGUCCGCGAGCGGCUCAAAAACCAGAAGGUGAGGGAGAAGACAGGAACAAGGGGGAGCGGGCCAGCACGAUCGAGGUAG